AUGUUCGCCCUCGGCUGUUUGGUAGGGUACAACGAAAGCGUAUACGACCUAUACGAGCGGGCCACGUUCAUCGACGAGAACCACACAGCGAACACCGAGCUCUUGCCCCGCCAGCUCGAGUACAAAUUGAAGCAUUUGCCCAUCUACGAACAGUUGAACCACCCGCGCCAGGCCCACCAGUGGUACCGCCUCUCACUGUGGGAGAACUUGGACCACAACCCGUUGGACGGGCAACCAGCCACCGUCAGAGCUCAAAAAGAGUACCAGGCUCCUUCGAUUACCAAUACUACGUUGGCUAAACCCGGGGGGAUCUUGAUUAAGCCGGCGAUCUUCCAAAACGUCAAGACCGACCAAGGGGUAACCAUCGUCCACUGUGGCUACCGUUUAACCGGUUACCCGUUUCUCGUCCACGGCGGGGUACUUGCUACCCUCCUCAACGAGACGUUUAAGCGUAACGCCCUGCUUAACCACAAUACGUCGUCGUCGCUCAAAGACGAUUUUAUGGUCGAGCACUUAGAGAUUAGCUACAAGGCCCCCACCAGAGCCAACCAGUUCCUCGUGGUCAAGACGGAGCCUCAGCCAGACACCGAGGUGAAGGACGGCACCAAAGUGAUCAAUCUCCAGCUGACGAUCGAGCUGGCCGACGGCAAAGUGUUGGUUAAGGCCAGCGCCCGGUUGCGGGACACGGGGCGGGCCACCCACCAGCUCGCUGCCGCCAACCGCAAGUGGGGCGUGUGGUAG